AUGUUGGAUAGAUACAUGGAUAGACCAAAUUUAGAAUUUAAAAAAGGCAGAUACCCCAUGUUGGAACAAAUGUGUUAUGCUGAGUUCUUGUCAAGCUAUUCUAUGAAAAUAAAACCUAAACCAGAAGAUGAAAAUGACAGUCAAGAAGAAGAAGCAGAAUUGUUAAGUGAAAACUCGGGUACUUACACAGAGAAAUUAUUGGAAAACGGUGAAAACAACGAUGUUACUGAUGAGAUUAGUAAUAUAAACAACCAUGACACUGACGAAAUUCGAAGAAGUGCAGGUUGUGGAAAGUCCCAUUUAAUAACAACAAUUUCUAACAUUCUAAAUAAAGCACUUUCCUAUCGUGCAGGAAACUUAGAAAAGGAUAAAAUUCUCAUUUUAGCACCAACCGGUGUUGCUGCCAUUAAUAUAGAGGGAAAUACAAUACAUUCAGCCUUAGGUAUACCAGCGGAUAGAAGUUUCACUAAAAACAUUUCUAAGUUAAGUGAUAAAAAGAAAUGUAUGCUGCGAAACAAGCUUUCAGAACUAAGCGUUAUUGUAAUAGAUGAAAUCUCAAUGGUUUCAAACAAGCUACUUUUACAUAUUCAUCAACGGCUAACCGAAAUAUUUGGAUGCGCAGAUGACAUUCCAUUUGCAGGAAUAUCUGUUAUAGCAUGUGGCGAUUUCUACCAACUUCCACCAAUUCAAGCAAGGCCAGUUUACGCAGAAUACAAAGAUGCAUUAUUAAAUCUUUCACAUUGCUUGAAGCAUUUUAAGAUUACUGAACUAACGGAAGUUAUGAGACAGCGUGAUGAUCAACAUUUGAUUGAAUUAUUAAACAAUAUCAGAGUAGAAAAAUUAGACAGGCGACACGAAGAUUUACUAAAAUCUAAAUUUAUUUCACCAAAUUACCCACAUUACCCCAAAAAUGCAAUUCAUAUAUUUGCUGAAAAUCAACCCGCCUCUGAGCAUAACAAAAAAAUGCUUAAUAGCAUAACAUCGGACGAAAUAAAUAUCGAAGCUAUUGACAAAAUUCCAGAAAAUAUACCCGUGCAAUUAGUCCAAAAUCUUAAUUCUCGACCUCAAAUGGAAACAGGUGGACUUGCGCGAAACCUUCUGUUAAAGCUUCAUGCAUAA